UCCAUCAUUAUGUCAUUCACACAACAGUCUAUCAAUCUGCUUAGAACACACUGAGCACUGUUUUUCCCCCUGAUCAUUCGAAAUAAGCCGAGCCUCAAAUGCUUGGCUUUGUUUGUAAAAAAAGUUUGUAAAAGGGAUUUGUACAUUUGUGUCCAUGUCUUUCAAUCUAGCUGUAAACUUCUCUCUCUGUUAUUUGUGUUGUGGUUUUCAUAGUGGACAAGUCAUUUGCAGAGAGCCCCCCUGCUGGCUGAAAGUGGUCCUCUGCUGCCAUCAGGAGAUUAGAAAAUAAAAUGGCACCAGGCUUCCAAGUUGCCUUCUCUCUCUCUCUCUCUCUCUCUCUUGUUCAGCAGUAAAAACAAAAACAAAAAAUUAACCAUUGUUUUGUUUCUCUCUUCAAGACUUCUUUUUAUUCAAAAAUGUCCUAUAGGAAACGAAGUGGUCGGGAAAGUUCGUAAGGCAAUUUCAAAAAUCAAUGUCAGACAGCAUGCAUGCUCUAAACUGGACAUGUCUCAAAUGGAUCUGCCAAAUUAUACUAAAACCUUCACCACCUUUUAGCCUGCAUUGAUUUAGUGUUUCCCUCCAUGGCUAAAUAUUUGAGGAUCUCAACUACAAAAUAAUAUGUUAGGGUUUUAGUCAGCACUGUGAUGUGUUUGAUCAGCCAAACAAAUGUCAAUCAUGUUUUACAAAUAUUAAUUGUUAGCACACGGAGUUCAUAACAAGUAGAAAUAUUCAUAGACAACUGUUAGAAAUGUUUGUUGGAUCUGUCAUGGUUCAGGGUGAGAACAAAUGUUUGGGACUUCCUUAAAAAUUCCAGUCAUAAAUAUUAACACUAUGUGUUAAUAAAAAGAUUGUUUAUCAAACAUGAAGUCCACAAACUAUUUACUUUAAAUGCAACAGCCCAGUAUCAACUGAACACUUUUAAAAAACAAUUUCAACAAAGACAAAGCUAAACCAACCAUAUGAAGUUUGCUUGGUAUUGUAUAAAAGAUGGCUAUUUUUCCGUUUGAAUUGACCCGCUCCACACAUUGACUGACAGAGCUGAGUGAAUCUCACAUUUAACAGUGGUGUUUCUUUUUGUUGUUGUGUUUUACAGUUCUUUUUCCUGGUUCAGCCAGCCCUAUAUACCAGGCCCUGCUGAAAAUGCCACCAACAGUUUUGUCCUCUGCAGCCUUAUCCUGUUUCUCAAGUGUCCUUUCUGUUGUGUGUGUGUGUGUGUGUGAGUGAGAGAGCGAGCGUGAGUGAAAGUGUGUGUCUCUCUCUCCCUCCCUCUCUUUCUCCCCUUUUUGAGAAUAUAAAGAUGUCAGAUUUGGAGUAGCCUGUUUACAGAUUGCACAGCUAUGGAUGAACAUCUUAAGAUUUUAAUGAAGACAAGUUAGUUUGUUUUUUCAUCAGCUUUUGGGCAUGUUUCUCAUGAUUCUAUAAAGGCAUCUGCUGACACUGUUUAGGUAAAUUAUUUCUUCAAAGAUGUAGCUUAUGAUUAGUAUUUUUAUCUGGUUGCAAAGUAAGUUUUCUUCAUCUUUCCCCUGUGGUUGUAUUGUACAAAGGAACCACAAUCAGGGCAGAAAAGGUAAACUAACGAAACCUUUUCUGUUUCUAUGAUAAUAGUGGUAAGUCAUGUUGAAAUGUACCUUUGUGUCUACACCCAAAUCAUGAACUUUGUUUUCUGUAUCUCAAUGUUUUUGUGUGCUUUAUAGCGAAGCAGCCGGCGUGAGUCGCUUGUUCAUAAAACAUCUAAUGAAAGUUGAGAGCACAUCCCACGGGACAACCGGCUGUGCUUGCUUACGUUUGGUUCAUGACUUAAAAAACAAGUACAGGAGUCAUUCCAGAUGAAUCCAAAGCCAUGUCACUGCUGGCUCCAGCCAAUGCUGUGGCAGGAAUGAUGCCUGGAGGAGGCCUUCUUCCAACACCCAAUCCCCUGGCAUCGAUGGGAGGGACACCAUUUGGAGGUCUUGGAGCCCCCAACAUGGAACAAAUGGCUGCCAUGGGAAUGCCACCAAACAUGAACCCCCAGGCUCUUUCUGCUGACUUCCUGAAGCUAAUGCAGUCCAUGGACCCCAAACUGAAUCCACUGGCAGCUGGACUGAGCCUGACCCCAGGGCUCAAGAGUGAUGCGUCCAACAAGGAGAUAGAAGAAGCCAUGAAGAGGGUGAGGGAGGCCCAGUCUCUCAUUUCUGCAGCCAUUGAACCUGGAAAUAAGAAAGAAGAUAAGAGAAAGCAUUCGCGCUCUCGUUCGAGAUCUCGUCGUAGGCGUUCCAGGUCCCGCUCCAGACACAGACGUUCUCGGAGCAGAUCCCGGAAGAGAUCCCAUUCAAGGAGCAGGAGGAGGUCCAGAAGCCCACGCAGGAAGAAGUCUCACUCCCGAGACAGAAGCCGUCGCAGCAGAUCAAGGGAUCGGAGGAAGGAAGAAAAGUCUAAGAAAAGGUCGAAAACACCUCCUAAGAGCUACAGCAGUGCCAGGAGAUCACGCAGCAUCAGUCGGAGACACAGGCGCAGCCGCACUGCAUCCCGUUCGCCCAAGAGGAGGCUGUCGAGGUCUCCAUCCCCCAGACGUCACAAGAAGGAAAAAAAGAAGGACAAGGAUCGAGAGAAGGAACGGGACAGAGAACGGAGGGAGGACAGAGGACGGAGCAGAGACGAACGAGAACGCUCCACCAGUAAGAAAAAGAAGAGCAAGGACAAGGACAAGGACAAAGACCGAGACCGGGAACGGGACCGGGACCGCAAGUCUGACAGUGAGAAAGGAGACGUUAAGGUGACCCGGGACUAUGAUGAGGAGGAACAAGGUUAUGACAGUGAAAAGGACGGAGAGGAAGAGGACGACGAGAGGAAGAGUGACUCUGACUCCGCCUCUUCUCCCAAAGGUCAGGACGAGAUGAGGUCCGAGGGCCACCAUCCCAAAAAGUCCAAAGUCAACGGAGAUGAUCACCAUCAAGAAGACAUGGAGAUGAGCGAUUAAAUAGUCAUUAAAUCAUUUCUGUGACCACGUAAUCUUUUCACUGUCCUUUUAUAUUUUUAAUAACGGCAGCACCACAGGUCGGUGCCCGAUCACACUGUUAACAACGACUAGUCGUAACGGUAGAAAACGGUCAAAUCAUUUUUGUAAAGAUGGAGAAAAAAAAAACAGUGCAUAAAAAUAGAAGUUGUUUUAAAAUGUUGUUGCUGUACUUUAAAAAAUUAUGUUGCUUUUUUCUUUGUAUCUUCUGACAGUAAAAUAUGAGCAUUAUCAUCUAAAAUGCUGCCUUUGUAAAUAUUUCCCAGUUGGGGUCGUGACCUGUGACCCGACAUCAGCUUCACCUCGGUUUCAUUGUAUUUUCUUUUUGGUUGCUGUAACUGUGAUGGUUCAGCUCUGGUCAUUAUAAACUGUAAUGUUAACUAAAAAUCUCUGAAAUUCUUUUUUUUUUAAAGGAAACAAAUAAAUUGGAUCAAACGGU